AUGAGGCAUUUACUUAUCCAUUUAGACCAUGGGAUGUGUGAUGGUACCGAAGAUGGGGUGGUGCCAUGGGUACCGAAGAUGGAGUGGUGCCAAACAGCGAAACCACUGACAACUUCUACCUACUACCUGAAAGAAUUGUCAAGAGAAGGCCAGGCUAAGAUCAACGGUAGCGACUGGAGGAACAUAGAAUGCCGACUGGAUGAGAAAUGCAAUGCACAGUUCAAAACUGUUGGCAACCAGAUGGUGAUCAAAGUGAGACAGCCAUUUGUCCAGACUUAUGACCGAGUUGAAGUGUUUGUUAAUUAUGGUGGCCUGAAAGAAUAUUGGAUUCCUUUGAUCCUGGAAAAUCAAUCAAACAAUCUGUUUCCACAGCAAAUGACCAAAAUUGUUCGCUGGCUUAACAAGACUUGUGAGUGCAGCUGGACAACCACUAAGCAAAGAGAUUGGAUCGUGUCUGUAAUAAAAUCACUGUAA